UGCGGCGCAUGCGCACAAGCUGCUUAGUCUGCGUGUCAUGUUGAUGAAUUCUAAAACUGUAGUCAACAUGUCCACCGCUGCUGCUCAACAAAACAAUAACGAGGAGCCCGGGCUUCACGGCUCUUGGGUAGAGCUGAAGCUAAAUGGGAACACGGGGAACCCGGGCGUGCAGACCAGUCUUCCGGAGACAUCCGCUGCGGACCAAAUAAACGCGAAUGCUGGCAUGAGUCAAACUCUGCAGACCUUGGAAGAUGUGCCCGAGAGUGAUGAAACCCUGAUUGGAGGACUGGAGCAUGUGCCCUCGUCCUCCUCGAUCCACAAUGGAGAUAUGGAAAAGAUUCUCCUGGAUGCACAACAUGAAUCCAGCCAGAGCAGUUCCUCCUGUAAUAGUCCUCACAGGCCACCGAGUCCAGAUCAGGAUGAAGGUCAGAUAACCUUUGAUGUGGAGAUGCCCAGCCCAAGAGACAGUCAGUCAGAAGACGAUAGUGCAGAGAAGUACAGAGAGGAAGACAUCCUAAUGAACAAAGAAGUAGACUGGGUCGCCGACUGGUCCAGCAGACCAGAAAACGUUCCCCCGAAGGAGUUCCACUUCAGGCACCCGCGGCGUUCAGUGUCUCUCAGUAUGAGAAAGACUGGGGUCAUGAAGAAAGGUGGCAUAUUCUCCACUGAAUUCCUCAAAGUCUUCAUCCCUUCCUUACUCAUCUCACACAUUCUCGCUCUUGGCCUCGGGGUGUAUAUCGGGAAAAGAAUUGCCACAGCCUCCACCAGCUCUUACUGAAUACAGGAUGCAGCAGUGCCUGGAUGUUCUUUUGUCUCCAAGUCUCUCUUGUAGUCAAGCUAUCUCUCUGCUAUCUAUUGUACGCCCGCAUUUGACUUCCAGUCAGCAUUCAAUUCUGUCACAGCAUAGAUGUAGUUGUAGAGUUAUACACAUGACAUAACGUGGUUGCACUCCCAUCACAUUUGGACACAGGGCAACGUCGUACCCAGCAGCCGUCACCAACUUCUUCCCCCAGUAGAUGAAAGACCUUGUUAGAGCUGCAAAGUAUUAGUCAUUCUGUUCAAAUCAAAGAUAUGUGACACGGAUUUGAUGUUAAGGGGCUUAAGGGUUUCUCUACUUAUUUUGAUGUUAUUUCAUGAGAAAUCUGGACUUCUCCUAAGCGGCAUCUCUCCACUGUUGUCACAGUUGGCCGGAGUGUGCAAACAAAAAAUAUGAGCAAUAUUCACAAAGCAACAAAUUGAAUUGGCUCUGGGAGCAGAGGGGACUUUUACCGCCUUAACUUUUUGAGCUUAAUAUUCAAGGUGCAGUUAUCUGAGGGGAAACGGAUGAUACUGCACAGUGGGAUUGGUUUUCUAAAUCACACACGUUUCUAAGGAAUUUAAGUUGUAUCAUGUUGACUCCUGAGGGUUUUCUUAUUAAAGCUUAGUUUUUCUCGAAGGUUGGAAAGCUUACACAUUGAUCGAAUGAGGGGUUGUUUGAGUAUAUUAUGAUACUGGAACAAGGGGUGAAUGGCUAUUUACCAGGCCAUAUGCUAUUUUUAUUUGUUUUUGCCAACAUAUCUUCUUUAAAUUAAUAUAGAAGCAAUGGCAAAGUGCCAAAUUUGUAUCCUUCACCACUGCACAUUGGUGAUUUAUCUUAGACUGUUUUUCUUAAUUUUCUGAUAUGUUUAGAUAUUUUAAAAUGUAGGUGUGAAAAUAAGAUUUAAGCUGUGAUCUGCCCCAUGUGAUGGAAAACCUUUUGAAAUGGUAUGCUUUGUUUAUACAUAGAUAUUAAUGCAUAUUAUGAAAUUAUUCCCUAGCUUUGUUGCAGUGUGUGUAAUGUGUUUUUGCUGUCGUUUAAUUGCCGAAGCGUCAGUGACAGAAACUACCACAGAGGAAAGAAUUUCCACGGGCCUCAACGAAGUGUGUUGUCUUGCUUUUAUGUAGAAUACACUGUGCAAUCAUGUCACAUCAUAUGAUACAAUAAAACAUGCCCAGUGUGUGUAGAACCUACAGAACAACUAGA